UCUGCUUUCUUUUGAACACUAUACCACUUGCUCAUUAUCUUGCACUUGCGAUAAGAAAAGUAAAAGCGAUAAAAGUUCAAUAACAAUGCAUGGAAAUUUCUCUUUCAAGCAUUUCCUGCGGCUUUUGAUCAACCGGUAAUUGACGAAAGUGCCUAGAUACUUUUGGCUGGCCACGCUUUCAAUUUGAUCGGAAAAGUUGCGGAGUAACGGCUGGAAUAAUGACUUCCCCCGCCACUGCUGCGGGGUGGUGGGUUACUUGUUUUGAGUUUUGGCGCCGCACGCGCGCGCUGGAAAGUGGUCCAGGCAGAGAUGUUUUCCGGCCGCUGCUGCCCGGUCUUCGAUCUGGAGGGGCGCAGUCUCGCUAGCUGCAGGGAGUGGCUGCCUACUUUACAGUGCACCCUCUGUGAUAAAAGCCACCCUUGAUUUGGCACCCUUAUUUUUGUGUAUUUGGCGAUAUGUGAUGAUGGGCGCUCACCCGCACAGAACAAUCAGCACUCCAGCCAUCCUGGAGGCGAUGUCCUGGGACUCCAUCCCCUCCAGGGACUACCUCAGCGGCACAAGCCACCAACUGUCGGCCACAGCCCUACUACCCUCGCCAGACGGACCACCCCUGCCGCGGCCACAUGAGCUCUUCCAGUUCCGCGAGGACAACAGUGAGGCCAACGGCCACGGCAUUUUUGACUGCUUUUUUGCAUGUCGCCGAAAAUUAGAACAGGGCCUAGCGAGAAGAAGGGUCGAACAAGGCCUAAAAUUGUACAAUCAACACAAGCAGCAGGCUGCGGUUGCCAAAUGGAAAAGCGCCCUGAAGCGGAUCAGAAAAAGAGAAGACAAGUUUCUGCUGCUUGGCUAUCUAUACCAGGCCUACAUGGACUGGGGUAAAUUUAGAGAGAGUCUGGAAUUUGCUCAUCGGCAGCUGGGCGUGGCGGAGGAGACGGACAGCGCCAGCUUCAGAGCCGAAGCGUACCUCAACCUGGCACGCACGCACGAGCGUCUGGGCGCGUUGGAGCGCUCCAUGGCGUACGCGCGACACUCGCUCUUCAACGAAUGCGACCAGUGCAAGGUGGCCGGGCACGUGCAGCUGUGCGUGGGCAACGUCAACACCCAGCUGGCCAGCUUCUGCCCCGCGCUGGAGGCCUUCCAGCAGGCUCACAAAAUUGCUCAAAGCACCAAAGACCCCGCUCUAGAAUUACAAGUUUACGUCGGAUUGUCCGAGCUGUUCGCUCGACUGCAGGACGCCGAGAAAAGCGCCAAGUACGCGAGUAAGGCCUAUGACCUGUCCCGAAGCCUGCAGCUGGGUGACCUGAACAGCAGACACCACCGUGCGGCGCUGCUGCAGAUGGCGGCGGCGCUUCGCAAGCAGGGCGAACUCGGCGACGCGCAGGACUACUGCUCCGAGGCCACGCGCCUCUCGCUUACCUCUGGCGACCAGGCCACCUACGCACGCAGCAUCCGCGUCAUGGGCGACAUUUACCGCAAGAAGUGUGACAUCAACAGGGCUUUUAAACAGUACGAGCUGGCGUUGGGACUAAGUUCCAGUCUGGGCGACCGCCUGAGCCAAAUGGAGACCAUGGAGGGCAUGGCCAAGUGUCUGGAAGCUCUCAGGCUGCAGAGACGCAUCUGCAACUGUCGGCCGCUGGAGUUCAACUCCAAGUUGUUGGAGCUGGCCUCAUCUAUAGGCGCUAAGCUGCUGGUGCGGAACGUGCGCGAGCGGCUGGCGCGCAUCUACUGCAACCUAGGCGACGAGGAGCAGCAGGCGCACCACGAGCGGCUGGCCGCGCAGUUGGACGCCGAGCUGGAGCUGGUGUGCGGCGCGUGCAGCUUGCCGUACGGCGGCGAGGCGGACAGCCUGGAAGCGCUGCCGUGCGCGCACAUCCUGCACGCGCGCUGCGCCUACGAGCUGCUGCGGCGUGGCAGCAGGCGGCGCCGGCCGCGCCAGUGCCCCGAGUGCCAGCGGCUGGUCAGCUCGCGGCUCUAUUUAUGCUGCGACGAAGCGCGCCGCUCCACCGUCAGCCUGCGCUCCAGCCCCAGCCUGGCCAGCCUGCGCUCGUACUCGCAGCAGGCCACCUCGUCCGUGUGAUUCAUGCUCAACCCACCCCGCAAGUCUUUCCGUCCCUCAAGCCCGUCGCCACCCCGCUCGCGUUUCGGCGCCAAGCGCUCACAACACCGAUCUCUGCGCACGCGCAGCGCCUGAAAGCAGGCGCAUGCGCAACGGCUUUCCGCUGCCUCUUUCUCUCUCUCACGGCUCUUCACGCCACCACAGCACGCACCCAGGGUUGCAGCAACCUGACAUUUUUCAUGCAUUUCCGAUUUUCACCAAUUUUUUUACUCGUUUUCAUGAAAAAUUCGUUGGUUUAUUUCCUGUAAGCCAUGAUUCAAACUGGAAAGAGGAAGAAGGUUAAACGAUGCAAAAUUUAAAGGGAUCGAAAGAAAUAUAUAUAUUAUGGAAAAAGUAUUGUACAUAAAAUUUAUAUCUGCCGUAUUAUCACUAAAAUAAAAGAGUUGACAAAUGUUAACCUCUGAAUUCUGACUGGCUUACACGAAAAAAAAACAAAUUUACAACCAAAAUUCAGUCUUGGAGUUUGCUUGUAAAAGCAUGAAAAAAUCUGUAUAUUUGAACUUUUUCAAUUAUUCAAAUGGGAUAACAGAUAUAGAGUGAAAUGAAGUCGUCAUAUCUGUACAUGUGCCCCUUUUUUCAGUGCAGAAAGGAGUGUUUAUUUUAAAACAAAUUAAAAAAUUUAAUUGGUGAAAAUUGAGCAGUAAAAACAAUCGGGUAGUGAGAAAAUGCAACCCUGCACGCACUUCUUGCUUUCGUGGUUUCCGAGGAAUAAUUCAAUUUUCAGAGACCUUUGCAGGGCUUGUUGCAGGUGCACUUUUUCCCCUUUAUUGGGUUCACUCAAUCAAGCGACAUAGGGUUGGCAAGAAAUUUGCUUCAAAAGUCGCUACGGUAAAAAUGUUCAACGAAUGCAGAAUCGAGGAAUUGUUGAUGGAGUACGUGUCUUGGAAAUAGUUUUAAACAGGAAAAGACUGAUAUACGCAUUUUUAAUUUUACACUAACGUAAAAAGCAUUAAUUAGAUAUUUAGAUUUAAAUAAAGGUUUAAAGAAUUUAAUUUAUGAUCAGAUGCGAUAAAUUUAAAUUGAAAAGUGGGUUCAAAAAAUCAAGGAUGUACGUGAGGAAUGGAAUGGUUCUACAAAAAUAAAUCAGUAAAACCUUAACUUCACUCAAAAUUUUCCUGAAAAUAUCAAAGAAAAACUGAACCAAAGUUUGGCUGCUUCUUUUAAAUUGAGCGACAUCCUUGAAGAUAAUCUAAAGUCUAGCUUUUUUGAGAAAAUUUAACAAAAAAUAUUGUGUCCGUUUUUCUAUCUAAAAAUAAACCCUCUGCUGUGUUUUGGCAAGUUUCAUUCCUCUCAAAUGAUGCUGCCUCAACCCUGGAUAAUAUGAGUUUCGUUCAUAAUAAAGCAAUCUAAGCCUGGACAAGUCCUGCAAAGGAUUUAGCCCGCGCAGUGACACGUAGCUGCGUCGAUUGCAAAGUUAAUAAAAAAAAGUACUGCGUCGCCCUUUAGAUCACGUUGAUUCGCAGCAUCGUUGCUCGCUGACAGUUAUAAUUACAUUUAUACGUAUUUACACGUACCUUAUUAACCAAGCAUAAACUACAAUUGUGCAAUUGUUUAACAAUCUAUAUUGUUAUCAUGAUGUUUGAUUAGCUGAAUAGUUUGAUCGUGCGGUUGAAAAGUCGGCAUAUCAAGUUUUAAAAAUACACACUCACUCACACACAAACACGUUAAUCCAAGAAGAAUUUUAAUCGAGAAAGACAAAAGACUCACUCACUCACUCACUCACACCAAGCAUGUUUUGACGACGAAACGCGAGUGGCCGCAGACCAAAGCUCUGAGGGACGUUACACUCACUCAAUUAACGAAUUAAUUAUUUACUACUCACUGUUGUAUUGCGUGUUUCCACCAAUAAAAAUGAUGGUUAAUCACAUACACACAACACACAUACACCCGCCCCACUCGACACACACGUUCUCACACACGACACAAACACACCACCAAGUUAUCUGAAAGAGAAAA